AUGGCUUCUACAAGUGAACCGGAACUUGUCCUUGUCGAUCCAGACGGUGAUCUAAUUUUGAAAGUUGGCAACGAACCCAGUAUCGUGGAAGAAAACGAAAACAAGCCCCAAGACAGCGAUGUCGAUUCAGAAAUAGCUCGACAGAAAGUCAAGGAGAACAGAAAACCAAGGUUCCUACGAAUCCGUGUUUGCAGCAAGUUCAUGACCAUGUCCUCACCAGUAUUCAAAGCUAUGCUGAACGGGUCUUUUCGUGAAGGCCAGCUUCCACUGAGCCCGAUAGAGCCACCGACCCUGGAGCUGCCGGAGGACGAGCCAAAGCCCAUGGUGGAAUUAUGCAAGAUCUUUCAUCACAAGUGGGAUACCGAUUUAGAUACCGAUUUGAAAGUAUUCCCGUCGUGCGUUUUGCCAACAGCGGUAGCAGCGGACAAAUACGGCUGCACUGCAAUCGUAAGAUCAUGGUUUCAUCAUCAGUUCCUCAAAAGGAGCGCCAGAGCCAGAAAGGGUUCAGCAUUAAGUCUUGCCCAAUUCGUCAGCAUCGCGUACAUCUUAGAUGACGUUGAAGCAUUUUAUUUCUUCUCCCUUCAGGCGUCCAAAAGAUGGUGCCUAAACGGAAAGGAAAACAACGCGUUUAUUUCUGAGCUCUCGCACAAUCAUGUCCCAUCCAAAAUUCAUGAACUUCUAGAACGAAUCGCCAAAGCUCAACUUAGAGAGACGAUGACUUGUUGCCAAAAAGUUAUUGAAGAACUUUUCACAGCAGAGGAGGGCAGCAGCGCCAGCUCAACCAUACAUUCGUACAUCGGCGCAAAAGCGUCGGAUGCGGAGGUACCCAAAGUCUGUAUUGGGCAAGCAUACAGAACGGCGCAAUUUAUUCAAGCAUUGAUCAUGUUUGAUCUCUGGCCUCCACUUGGAGACGUUCAACAACUUCAGUCCCUGGAAGAUGCCAUCGAGGUCGUUCAAGAGAUUGGGAAGACACAUGUCAAUGACAAACCAUCGCAGUGCCAGGCGGAAUAUUGUGAUUCAUGCGCAAUGGAUUGGGGGCUGGUGAUUGGGGACAGGUUCAAGAAGUUCGAAAACGGCUUGCACGGAUUAUGUCUUGUCUGCUUGAAGAAAGGGAAGGAACUUCCAGCGUCCAAGAUAACGACCAAAUGCAUAGAGCAUAACCACGGCUUUACUUCUAACUGGGCUGCGAUCUCGGAUUGGGACGGUAAAUAUCAACCGAAGCAGAAGUGGUAA